GAAAAAUAACAAGAGAAAGAGAAAGACGACGCACUUGCAGGUGAAAGUAAAGCAGACCGAGACACUUUGAAAGCCGAUCUUAUACUCUUGUUAUUUUCGUUGGCAUUUGGGCAGAGCCAUCAAAAAAGCAACGAUCCAAACAACGAGCCCUUUUUACCAAUAUUCCCAGUAUACCCUUACAAUCCUAAAUUAAUGAAAAGGGGAGUUGACAAAGAAACGGAAACACAAUUGAGUGCGGAACUGUAUGCACCGAAAGUGGAUGCUAGAGAUUCUUAUACGCCAAACUACAGUAGUAAUUAUCAAAGAGAUCCUUAUUAUCCAAAUUACGAUCCUUAUCCGAAAACCACAUUCUCGUCAUCAUCAUCAUCUUCCUCAUCUUAUUCCCCUUAUUAUACUAAUAAUCCUCAGACAACAACUGCUUCCUAUUCAACAUUACCUUAUAACGUUUACAAUACUUAUACAAAUCCCUACGCUUCUUCUACGUCGCAUUCUUCAAUCCCAUCAACAGCUUAUACAACCUCACCCUAUUCCACCACUGCUUAUCCACCUUCUUAUACCUCUAAUCCUUACACUGCUGGUCCAUCAGCUUAUCAAGCACCACCAUACGUACCUGUUUCAAGUUACUAUUACCAACAACCUUAUUAUUAUCCUUCUUAUUAUUCUCCAGCUCUUUAUCCACCCCCACCACCACCACCACCAUUUCCCCAUCCUGAUUACUCUAAGGACUCUGGUUCGGAUAAUAAGGAAAGCUAUGAAAAGGAUUCAAAUAAGAGUAAGAAAUCUAAAUCUAAAAACGAGGAUAAAAAUCAGGACUCUUCUGAUAACGAAUACGUAGAUAAUGGAAAUUAUAUUUCUACCAAUUCCAAAGAUCUUGAUAGUCAAUCCAGUAGUUACAAAGCUGCCAGUUCAUACAAUCAAUUGGAACAAACGAACAACGAUGCUCGAGAACAAAAUUCUGGAUCUGGAGCGUACAAAAUAAUCAAACUUAGCACACAACCUAGUGAUACUGAAUAUUCUAUUGCAGCAACUUAUGCUAAAACUCAGCAAUUGGAACAAUUGAUGAGACAAACCUUAGCUAAAUUAUUAGCUGAAAAUGCAGCAAGGCACGUUAUUCGAUAUCCCACUUAUGAUACAAAACAAAAUUUGCUGCUUAAAGCGAACGAAGUUUCUUAUGGUGGUUUGGGCGAUUACGAUACCAGGAAUACUCAGACGUUUGUUACUGCGUCCAAUCCAAUCGUUAAGAAUGGUUUAAGUUAUGCCAUUAAUUCUAACAAUCUUGGAAAUAUUAAUUCAGGAUCAAUUCUUCCUCGCUCAAUAUAUCAAAAUCCUUUAACAAGAAGUGUCAAAUAUUCUGAAGAUCAGUAUAAUCGUAAACCUAUAACCGUGGUGACUUUACAACAAUCUCAAGGAAGUUAUAUUCCACCAAAUAAAUCCGUCAAAGCACAAGUCUCUACACAAUCGUCCAGUUACGAUGGAUACGAGAACGAAGAUAAACUAGCCAAUCAUAAUUAUGAUAGUACUUUGAACAGCGAUACAAAACAAGAACAAGAUUAUGAUCAGGGUCAAACAACAACUUCUUAUAAAAAUCAAAAUUAUGUUACCGUACAAACACCACAAUCGUACAGCUAUCAAUAUGCUAGUUAUCAUCCUCAACAAACAACGAAUCAACAAGGAAGUCAAGAAUACGAUGAUGGAACGACUGAUGGUGAAUUUGGUGCGAAACAAAAUAACAAAGGGUAAUCAUUAUUUUCUUACUUUUCAAUUUAAGAUUCUAAAUCUUAAGAAAAUUAUUUUAAAAGUUAGUUUAAAGCGAGUACAAAACAAUGU